AGUGUCAGCAUCAGUUAGUAUCGAGUAAUCUGUAUUUUUCGUUAUACAAUUUGUCAAUUUCGAUAGUAAAUGUGACGGAUAGAUACAUUUCUAUUACACUUUUUUUUAUGAAUUUCCGUGAAAUUUGCAAAUUAUGAAAGCAAUAUGAUAUUAGAGUAUGGCUGAAUUACAUAUAUUUGGACAAAUUUCAUCUGCAAAGAAUUUUAAACAGAUACGACUUUUCUUAUCGAAAUUUUCCUGUGAUAUCAAUUGCUGUUGUGAUGUAGAUUGCAAUCAGUUUCAAUUGACUGCUUUUUCAUAUUGUCAAGAUCAUCAUGUGGAUCUGUAUAACAGUCAAUAUUGUUACAAUUGGAAUUUUAUACAACGAAAUAAUACGUCUUUCAUUCUUGAGAAACUUGCAAAUAAUUUGUUCUGCAUUUUAUAUGACAAUCUUCCAUCUUCGUAUAGCAUCGAUAACGAUUUGAUACUACAAAAUAAGGAAGACUUGUGGCGAGUGGUGCAGAUGGAGAGAUAUAAAUGGAAUUUAAAAAAUGCCAAAACGUUGCUCAAAUAUAAUUUAACUAAAUAUUACCAACAUGGAGACAUAUUGUGGAAAUUACAUAACAAUUUUAUUGAACCAACAGAACUUUUACAACCUGGUUUUAAUGAGAAGUGUUCAUUCAAAAAGACUUUAAAAUAUUUAGAGAAUUGGAAAAGUGCAUGCAUACAAAAUGAAUUAACAAAUGUUAAUCCAUAUUUGUUUCCUAUAACAUUCAGUAAUUUUACUAUUAUUAGUUCGCCACCUUUGUUCAACGAGACACUCAUAACAGAACAGAUUUGCCAAAGGAACGUCUGUUUGCCGAUGAGGAUUCAUUACUGUCUGAAUUCAUUUUCUGACUGUAAUCGAACUAAAGUGUCAAGUUUUUGCACGAACUUUACAUGUACAAAUAUUGUAAAGGGUUUAAAAUAUAUGAUCGGUCACAACGGUUCUGCUGGUAUUAACAGCAUUGAUGUAUAUUUCAAUAUAGGCAAUGUUUCUCGCGCCUUCUAUCAAUAUUUUGAAAUCCAAUACGAUUGGAUAGACACAAAUAAAACAAGAAUUUUCGUUCGUAGUGGAAAUCCUGGCUAUGUAAUAGGUAAACCGAUUAUUAUUGGAUUUCGCGCCAAUGAAAGCGAUGAAAUUCUUUUUAACAAGACCGACGCAUUUCUUACAUUGCCAUUCUGUGGAAAGAAUGGGGAGUAUGAUAGACAUAUUGUUGCCUUCGGUGAAGAUAUUAAGUUAAAAUGUUUUGUUAAAUUGUUCACUAAAAAUUUCACCAUGUCAUCUUGCACAAAACUACAAAAUAUGACGAUGAAUCUCUUGAUGAAAGAUUCCUUACUAAAUGUAAAUCAGCGUUACAGCACUUACAUUUCUAAACUCGGUAAUUUCACCAGCAAAAAUAUAAUGGACUGGCUGCGUAUCACAUUUGAUAGGAUACCACAAAAUGUUGUGACUGCGAGGAUAAUCGGAAAACAGAUCUCAUGUUCAGGAUUAGUUACGUCUUUACACUUAGAUGUCCUUUAUUCGACAUUGCGGAAAUCGAAAACUUUAAUGAAUUAUAAAAUAUUGGGCGUCGGUGUUACGUUUGGUAAGGAAGAAGAUGUUAUUUGGUCAAAGUGUACAGUAAAAAAUUGUACGAAUAUUCUCCAUGUUGAUAUCUUUUCCUAUGUCAAUUUUUAUGACGUUUCGAAGCCGUCCAAAUAUUAUUUUGUCGGUGGACCUAAUUUAGAUAUCAUGUUGCCCUAUGAUUUUUUCUAUCCUUUUCUAAAUGGCUCGAAAAAAGUAGAAAUACUAAAUAUAUUAAUUUUAAUUAUAAAUAUAAUAUUAUAUAGCAUAUAAUGUCUAAUAUAUUGCACAGCUUUUCUUUAGUUAAAUGCGAAGGCGAGUUAAUAACUCUGUGCGCUUUUGUUAUAAAUUUGUAUGUAUGGCAAAGUAAAAAGACAAAUGCACGCGUUUCGCCGUUUUUUGCCUUUACAAAAAAAUACAACAAGAAGAGCCUAGAUAAAAUAUGGUAUUAAAAACAUUAUUGAAAUAAUCUUAUUCAUAACAAUUGUACCCGUACUCUAAAGAGAAAAAAUAAAGAAUUAAAAAAUAAUUAUACUAAAAUUUGUUUCUGAGAGAAGGUUAUUAUAUUAAACAUUAAUUUUUAGCUAUAUGAAUUUCAACUUACUGUACCACUAACAUUAACCACUAUUGAAUUUUACUUAAAAAACUUUACGAACUUUGUUCCAAUUCAAUACAGUGUCUCAAAAGUCCGGCAACGGUAAAAUACGUCGAAAAUAAAACAUUUUUAUAGAUAAAUAUUAUAGACAAAAGUUGCAGAAUACAAACUAAUGUAUUUAACAAAAUUAAAAAUUUAGAUUACGUUAUCAAGGUCAGGUUAGUAACAUUGAUUUUUGAAAAAAGAACCUUCUAUUUCUUAUUCUAAAUCCUAAUAACUAGUGUCAAGCUUUCCAAAACACUAAUGUAACGUUUAUUUCCGUCCGAGUUUAUAUGAAUGAAUAUCGAAGAUAAUAUUAAUAUAUAACCGUGAAACAUUGUU